UGCUGCACUCACAUCGCUGACACACUCGGCACAAAAGUCAGUUUUGCGGGUGACGCGGUAUACAACAGCUCGACUCAGAGUUACUGGUCGGGAAGAGCAAGAGAAAAUCGUCCAGCAUGUGUACUUCAGCCAACAUCCGCCGACGACGUUUCAAGCAUUGUAAGCACAAUCUCCCGCUUCAACGCUCUAGAUGCCCACGCGACAGCAGCUUGUCAGUUUGCAGUGCGGAGUGGUGGCCACACGCCAUGGCAAGGCGCAGCGAAUAUCGAGAAUGGCGUCACUGUAGAUCUCACGCAGUUGAACAAUGUCAAGCUAUCUGAGGACCAUUCGAUUGCUUCUGUGGGUGCAGGUGCGACUUGGGGCGCAGUGUACAGGACACUUGACGAGCACAGAUUGAGUGUCACUGGUGGCCGCGUGAGUAGCGUCGGUGUUGGAGGUCUGACACUUGGAGGCGGCAUCAGUUUCUUCUCGCCCAGGUACGGUUUCGUUUGCGAUGGCAUAGAGUCCUACGAAGUGGUCACUGCGUCAGGCGCAAUCGAAAUAGUUUCAGCAUCUCAGAAGCCUGAUUUAUUCCGUGCCUUGAAAGGAGGCAGCAACAAUUUCGGAGUCGUCACUGAAUUCAGAUUGCGUACAUUCCCAGUUGAUGACUUCUGGGGCGGACUGGCGUACUACGACUUCUCAGCAGCUGACGAACAUCUUGUGGAAUUCACCAAAUUGGCUGGAAGUGACGAUUACGACGAGUAUGCAGCAGUAAUACUGUCCUAUUCAUGGGUCACUGGACAACGUGAAAUUGUUGUGAGCAGCUAUACCAAAACGCCUGCGCUAAAGGAAACACCAUCAUUUCUACAUAGCCUAGCCAACAUCCAGGCUCCGCUUGUCGACACAACCCGCGUAGCACCCCUAUGGUCUUUCACAGACGAGCUCACCGAACAGCGCAGCCCAAAGGAGGAAGACGGUGUCACUGGCACAGGUAGCCGAUCCAUGUUCGUAACGUUGUCAUACAAGAACGACUUGAACUUUGGCAGAAAAUUCCUCGAAAUGCUGAAUGCCACCUCCGAGAGCCUUCUGUUGGCCAUACCUGACAUCGUCUGCAGCGCAUCAUUUCAACCAAUUCCACGCAUCAUAACAUCGAAAGCAGAGACUACAGGUGGUAACGUGCUCGGCUACCGUCCCGAAGAUGGAAACAUCGUUAAUGUGUUGUCGAGUGUCACCUGGGGAAGCUCGAUUCAUGAUGAUAGAGUGGAGACUGCAUUCCAGAAAUUGUACAUGGAAGGAAAGAAUUUGGCGAAAGAGAUGGGCGUUUGGCAGAGAAGCAUUUAUCUCAACUACGCGGAUAAGUGGCAGGAUCCCAUUGGAGGGUAUGGCGAGGAUGAGGUCGAGUUUUUGCGAAACGUGAGCAAGAAGUAUGAUCCAAAAGGUCUUUUCCAGAAGGCUUUGCCGGGAGGCUUCAAGUUG